ACACACAUAAUAUUUUUUUAAAAAAUUAAUUUUAUUUUUUUAGAGUUAUGGGAGAUAAUAGAGGACUUGGUGUUUUGGGAGUUUCAAUGUGUGGUGCAGCACAAGAAAUAGAACAAUUAUCAAGAGAAAGUAGUCAUUAUAGUCUUUCUACUGGAAUUUUACCUUCACUUGGUGCAAGAAGUAAUAGAAGAGUCAAGCUUAAAAGAUUUAUUAUUUCACCUUAUGAUCGACAAUACAGGUUAUGGGAGACAUUUCUAGUUGUGCUGGUUGUUUACACUGCUUGGGUGUCCCCGUUCGAGUUUGGCUUUCUAGGAAAACCAGAAGGACCACUCGCUAAGACGGACAAUGUAGUCAAUGGAUUCUUCGCGAUUGAUAUCAUUCUUACCUUCUUUGUAGCUUUCUUGGAUAGAGCCACUUAUCUACUUGUCGAUGAACACAAAAAGAUCGCUUGGAAGUAUAUGAGUACUUGGUUCUUAUUUGAUGUCAUAUCAACAAUCCCUUCAGAACUUGCUGUGAAGAUUUCCCCAAAACCUUUACGUCAGUAUGGAUUAUUCAAUAUGCUUCGUUUGUGGCGUCUAAGAAGAGUUAGUGCAUUGUUUGCCAGAUUGGAGAAAGAUAGGAACUUCAAUUACUUUUGGGUUCGAUGUGCAAAGCUUAUUUGUGUCACUCUUUUUGCUGUUCAUUGUGCCGGAUGCUUUUAUUAUCUUAUCGCGGCUCAUUAUCCCAAUCCAAAAAAGACAUGGAUCGGAGUCUCUAUGGAUGACUUCCUUAAUCAGAGUUUAUGGAUUCGUUAUGUCACUUCUAUUUAUUGGUCGAUAACUACUCUCACUACAGUCGGUUAUGGAGAUCUGCAUCCAGAGAAUACGCGGGAAAUGAUCUUUGAUAUCUUCUACAUGCUCUUUAACUUGGGAUUGACAGCAUACUUAAUAGGAAAUAUGACUAACUUGGUUGUACACGGGACGAGUAGGACUAGAAAAUUUAGAGAUACAAUUCAAGCUGCUUCGAGCUUUGCACAGAGGAACCAAUUGCCCGCUCGACUCCAAGAUCAGAUGCUUGCACACUUGUGCUUGAAGUUCAGAACAGACUCGGAAGGGCUGCAGCAGCAAGAGACACUCGAGUCUCUUCCUAAAGCCAUCCGUUCAAGUGUUUCACAUUUUCUUUUCUAUUCUUUAGUAGAUAAGGUUUAUCUGUUUCGUGGAGUGUCAAACGAUCUACUCUUCCAGCUGGUCUCCGAGAUGAAGGCAGAGUACUUUCCUCCCAAAGAGGAUGUCAUUUUGCAGAAUGAAGCACCAACAGACUUCUAUAUUCUUGUAACAGGAGCUGUGGAUCUAGUGGUUCUUAAAAACGGACUUGAACAGGUUGUCGGGGAGGUCAGGGCUGGUGAUCUUUGUGGUGAAAUCGGGGUUCUUUGUUAUAGGCCUCAACUAUUUACAGUACGAACGAAGAGACUGUGCCAGCUACUACGUAUGAAUCGUACCAUAUUUCUGAAUAUCGUCCAGGCCAAUGUUGGGGACGGGACAAUAAUCAUGAAUAAUCUCCUUCAGCAUUUGAAGGAAAUGAAGAAUCCAAUUAUGGAGGGUGUUCUACUUGAAACCGAGCAUAUGCUAGCUCGCGGUAGAAUGGACUUGCCUCUCACCCUUUGCUUUGCAACGCUUAGAAGUGAUGACUUAUUGUUGCAUCACUUGUUGAAGCGCGGUCUUGAUCCAAAUGAAUCAGACAACAAUGGAAGAUCCGCAUUGCAUAUCGCUGCGUCUAAAGGCAUUGAGAACUGUGUGGUUCUUCUGCUCGAUUUCGGGGCUGAUCCCAAUAGUAGAGACUCAGAAGGCAAUGUGCCAUUGUGGGAGGCUAUCAUGGGGAAGCACGAGUCAGUUAUCCAGUUACUCGUUGACAACGGUGCUAAACUAUCAGCUGGUGAUGUGGGACAUUUCGCCUGCGUUGCUGUUGAACAGAACAACUUGAAUUUGCUCAAGGAGAUUGUCCGUUAUGGCGGGGAUGUCACGCUUCCCAAGAUCAACGGUUCAUCAGCUCUCCAUGUUGCUGUUUGUGAAGAUAACAUAGAAAUAGUAAAGUACCUCUUGGAUCGAGGGGCUAACGUUGAUCAACCGGACGAACAUAAUUGGACUCCCCGGGACCUUGCUGAGCAACAAGGACAUGAAGACAUCAAAGAACUCUUCGAAUCCAGGGUAAUGAUGAGAACUCGAUCCGUUGAUCCUAUCCCCGAGGAACGAGGGGUUAGAUUUCUUGGGAGGUUCAAAAGUGAGCCAACAAUCACCCAUGCAUCCCAUGGAGUCUCAUUUCUAGGACUAGACGGAUCAUUAGGGCGUUCACGUCCUAGACGUAGGUCUAAUAACUUCCACAACUCAUUAUUCGGGAUAAUGUCAGCAAAGCAGACCAAUGAGCACGACGUGCUUUUAUCUGCAAACGACAGUAAUGUAAGUGUCAUGACAACCAAGACUUAUGCUCCCCGAGUGACAGUGUGUUGCCCUGAGAAAGGAGACAACGGGGGAAAACUCAUUUUACUCCCACAGAGUUUUAAAGAGCUACUUCAAAUUGGUUCUAGUAGAUAUGGUAUCUCUCAGGCCAAAGUUGUAAGCAAAGAUGGAGCUGAAAUCGACGAAAUAGAGUUGAUCAGAGAUGGUGAUCGUUUAGUUUUUGUUAGCGAUAAAGAUAACAAUAUUGAUGAAGCUAAAUCAUCAGAAUUGUAGUGAGUUUAGGUGAAAACCAAAAUUGUUCUUUAUUUUUGUAGUGAAUUGAGUGUAAACUAAUUCACAGCCCAUUUGUGGAACAUGUAAAGCUCAGAAUGAGAAAAUAUAUGUACAUUCAGUUA